GGCGGGGGAAGUUUCUCCGCGGGACCGCCCGGGGCGGCGGAGGAGGCGGCCGCAGACUUCCUCCUCCUCCUCCUCUUCGUCCUGCUCUUCGUCCUCCUGCCGCUGCCGCCGCCGCCCCGGCCCCGCGCCCGCCGCCGCGCCAUGCCCCGGGGCUGCUGAAGGGGACGCCAGGACGCCGGGAUGCAGAGCAUCAAGUGCGUGGUGGUGGGCGACGGGGCGGUGGGCAAGACCUGCCUGCUCAUCUGCUACACCACCAACGCCUUCCCCAAGGAGUACAUCCCCACCGUGUUCGACAACUACAGCGCCCAGAACACGGUGGACGGCAGGACUAUUAACCUAAACCUGUGGGACACGGCCGGCCAGGAGGAGUACGACCGCCUGCGGACGCUUUCCUACCCCCAGACCAACGUCUUCAUCAUCUGCUUCUCCAUCGCCAGCCCGCCCUCCUACGAGAACGUCAAGCACAAGUGGUACCCCGAGGUGUGCCACCACUGCCCCAGCGUGCCCAUCCUCCUCGUGGGCACCAAGAAGGAUCUGAGGAACAACCCCGAGACCAUGAAGCGGCUCAAGGAGCAGAACCAGGCGCCCAUCACCACCCAGCAGGGCAUCAGCCUCUCCAAGCAGAUCCGCGCCGUCAAGUACCUGGAGUGCUCGGCUCUCAACCAGGAGGGCAUCAAGGAUGUGUUCACCGAGGCCGUGAGGGCCGUGCUCAACCCCGUCCCCGCCAAGCCCAAGAAGCCCUGCGUGCUCUUGUGACGGGGCUGCCCAGAGACCAUCCUGCCCCUGCCCCCGUGCCCCCACACACCUCCUGCCCCCCAGCCACCCCCGU